CAUCACGUUGCAUUCAAUCGCUGCCAGUGAUGGCGAAGCAACGACCUGUAUAGAGGAUGGAGGAGAGAAGCGAAUGGAUCUACUCGCACAUCUACCCAGAUGCCCGGCGGCCAGGAGUGGUGAUCACUGAGCGGCUGGUCUUGCGCGACCGUGGCCUUUGCAGAUGGAGCCGCUUUCUGGACACCAACGACCUUAAGGGCGUGAAAGCCCAGGGCGAAGUCUGGCGCCGGGAAGCCGUGAAGACGGUGCGUUUCUCCACGAAGCUGGGGGAUCCCAGUCGUGACUUCUCCCUCUUCGGCGAGCGGCAAGCCGUGAAGAACCGGGCAUUGUUCGUAUGGCUUUGGGAAGUGGCGCCAGUGCUCAUGGCCUGGCUUUCUUUUGCCCUCAACCCGCUUUCCUUGACGCUCUACAUGACUUCGGGCCUGCUUGCAGUCAUUUGGCAUGCCUUUCCAUGGGACGGAUCCCGUUACGUGAUGUCAAAGGCAGCAACAGUUGAACCGCUCAUUGGGGCCACUGUGCUCUCUGCAUUGACCUUCAUGGUCUCGCUCGUGGCAUCCUGGUGGCUCAGACUGGGUGGACAACAUGUGGCGAAGGACGAUGUCUACUCUUCUGUCAGGCCCCACGCAGCUGCUAUUAGUCGUUGGCAUUGGCAGCGGCCUGCGAACGCCAUUUUCUUUGGCCUUUUUGCGCUUUGGUGCAUCUUCCUAUGCAUCGUUUGCCCUGUCUUGGCUGUACAGGGCCGGAGCAUGCCUUGCGAGGCCGGUGGCUGUGAAAGCAUGCCGGGCGUGGUGGAUGGUACUUGCGGCGUGGGCUCGUGCAGUUGCGGAGCUUGGGCAGACAUGCAUUGCGCACAAGCGGCUUCGCUUAGCCCCUACUGCCUUGCCGCUGACGCACCACUUUGUUCAGAGGACUCGUCCAAGGCGAGUGGCGCACAUGGAGUGCUCCUUCUCACAGCGAGUGGAAGUGCAGCAAGCUUGUUGCUUUUGUUUCUGAGCUGGUGCGUGAACCACUUGGCCAUCAUCCUGGCUUGGAAGAAGGGUGAGACGGAUCCCUCUCCAGCUUUAAAGGCAGACCAUGUGCCGUACCACAAGAUCACCGUCACCUUUGAGCCACCUCAUCGUGGCUCGUUGGUGUUCACAGUUGGUGCGGACGAGGAUGUCGCAGAGCUUACGAGGCUCCUUCUGCCAGAAGCUCCUGCUAGCACCUGGUCUUUGCCCUAUGGCAACACGGACCUGGAGCCUCUUUGGCGUGGUGAUGAGGACCCACAAGAAGCGCUACUGCUCAACCCCUCCACGCAAGAAGCACCCGAAGAUGUGCAAUGGGACUGAGGGGAGCAAAUGACUGGCUCCAUUCGGUUAGAG